AUGAUGUCUGGCUCAUCUCGUGGACCACCGGCGGUGGACCUUCUCUGGGCCUACCAGCUGAAGAAAGAACAUGCACACCUCAAGGCCGAGCUCAGUUCCGUCAAAGAAAAAAUUCUCGCAACAGAGCAUGCCGCUGGAGUAGCAAAUGCUGCAACCCGAGAGGUCGACGAGCUACGCAAACAUCUAGACGACUAUAUGAAUGAUCCAGAAGAGAUUCAAAGGAACACCAUGGUGAGCAAUAUGUUGGGCAAGCAUGCUAAGCAGCUUACCUCUUUCAACUCAAGACUAGACGCUUUGUCGUCUCGCAUAGGGUCCAGCGAGGAUGAUCUUGAUCGGCUGGAUGGCAAAUGGAACGCACACGAGUUGAGAUGGAAGCGUUUUGAGGAAAGGAUGGAGAAAUCAGAGCUAUCUUUGGAAUCAUUGAUAGGCAGGCAUAAUGAUAAGGCUCAAUCGGAACGUAUGAAGACCCUCGAAAUUCAGGUCAACAGACUGACGGAACACAUCACGAAAACCACCGACUUGCACUCCGUCGAAAUCGAUCACUUGAAGCAGGCACUGAUCGACCUCCAAAAAAGCACACAAAAAACAGAGAGCACUAGAAGAGUAACCCAAAAGCCACUGUCGCCACAAAUCCAAGUGCCUCAGAGCCCUAACCUGUCGAGCCUGCCCAUGAACAGCCUACUCAGCAGCAGGCUCAAUUCCACCGUUUUCCUGCCCCCUCACUCACCGAGACCCAAGCUACAACGCAGCUCGAUGAUUCCGAUGUAA